CUUGACUUCUUGUUGAUGUGCAGCUGUACCGCAGAUUGUGAAGUUGAUUUUCUUUUAGUGAAUGUGGACCACACGAUAUGCAGAGAGAACCUUGGUUAAAACGAGUUGCAGAGAGAGCAUUGAAGUCUUGCGUUGGCUAUCAUUUUGGAAGCUUUCUGUAUUUCUUUUACGCGAAUAAAUAAAGUGAAUUAACGAUAUAAAAAGUGUAAUUGUCACAGUGCGCAGAGGGUACCACAAAUUGGCGACGAGUGCUGGGAUCAUCCAGUGAACGAAGUUAUCCAAUUGCAAUUUGAUACUUGAAGACUUCCUAAGGAAAGCAAAUUAUUUCGACAUGGAUAGAUGGGAUCUUCCUCCAUUUACAUUCAAGGGACUUCCGCAGAAUGAAGUUCGCGAACGAUGGAUACGAUACAAGCGCCAAUUCGAUUACAUGGCUCUUGCGAAUGGAACAACCAAUAAAACCCGCUUAAAGAACAUUUUUCUAUCGCGAGCGGGCCCAGAUGUACAGGAAGUUUUCACCAGUAUUCCUGGGGCCGAUGUGGAAGAAAGGAUGGGAGUUGACCCUUUCCAGGUCAUGAUUGGAAAGUUGGAUCUGUAUUUCGCCCCAAAGGAGCAUGAGGCUUAUCAAAGGCUUCAAUUCUGGAUGCUGAAGCCAAAGGACAAAGAUGAAACAUUCGACAAGUUCUUGCUCAGAACUGCCGAGAUGGCGAGUACAUGCAACUUCGGGAACAGCUUGCAAGAAAGCAGAGAGAUUAGCGUGAUCGACAAGCUGAUUCAAACUGCUGCUCCAGAACUACGGGAGAAGAUUCUUCAACAGGAAAUUUUAAAUAUUGACGUCGUCACUAAACUUAUAAAUGCACAUGAGUCGGUAAAAUUCCAGUCACAACAAUUUGCCACGGUUAACUCGAAUUUAUCUAGCGAAGUUGUGGUAAAUAGGGUUCGGAGUUAUCCUCGAAAUGAAUAUCGAACCGAUUUUCGAAAUGAGUUCCGAAACACGCACAUCUUUCAGAAAUCCACAUCGAGUCGAACUUACAGCUUGCGAUAAGUGUGGCUAUAAAGAUCAGCGACAUCCUGGUCGGAAGUGUCCAGCCAUAGAUAGAAAUUGUCUAAAAUGUGGAAAACGAGGACAUUUUGUGCAUUACUGUCCUGAGAAAUACGGGUCACGAAAGCGUCGUUUUCAACCAUAUGAAAACAGCUAUAAAUUCAACCGUCCAGCUAUCAAUAAGGUAGAUACGGAGGAAAACGAAGAAUCAGGUAAUUUUUUGAACUACAUAAUUAACAGUAAUAACGGAGAAGAAUUUUUAUGGGUAACGAUUGGCGGAGUAAUGGUGCAAGUAUUGAUUGAUUCCGGCUCUCAAUACAAUAUCAUUGACGAUGUGACGUGGAACAAAAUGCUGGCAGAAGGUUUAGAGCAUAAAAAGAAGCACAACGAUAGCAAAAUUUUCAGAGUUUACGGAAAAUAUUUCCGACCACUUGUUACCCAAAACGUAUUUGAAGCUGUCAUAUCAAUAGAGAACGACACUAGACAAAUGAAGAUAUUAGCUACAUUCUAUGUUAUUGAAGGAGGCUCUCAACCACUUCUUGGCCGUGCAACUGCCAAAGAAUUAGGAGUGUUGGUAUUGGGUUUGCCAAGUCCGCGUGAAACAGCUGAAGUUUUCCAGGUGACAUCAACUACACAGGUUUUUCCGAAAAUAAAAGGAAUUCAGCUUAGAAUAUCCAUAGAUUCAUCAGUGACUCCGGUUUGUCAAAGCGUUAGAAGGCCACCACUUGCUUUAAUGGAUAAAAUCGAAGAAAAACUCCAUGCUUUACUAGCUUCCGAUAUAAUUGAACCAGUUCGACAAUUUAGUCCGUGGGUAUCUCCACUGGUGACUAUUCUCAAAGAUAAUGGAGAUCUCCGCCUAUGCGUUGACAUGCGUAGGGCCAACAUGGCUAUUAAACGAGAAACGCAUCCUAUGCCGACCUUCGAUGAUUUUCUUCCGCGGUUGAAAAAAGCUCGUAUUUUUAGUAGGCUGGAUAUUAAAGAAUCGUUCUAUCAAAUGGAAUUACAUGAAGACUCACGACAUAUCACUACUUUUAUCACGCAUCUGGGCAUUUUUCGAUUUAAAAGAUUGAUGUUUGGCAUUUCGUGCGCGCCGGAAAUGUUCCAAAAAGGCCUAGAACAAAUUCUGGCAACUUGCAACAAUACUAUAAACUUCAUAGAUGACAUUCUAAUUUUCGGACAUGACUUGAUAGAACAUGAUAAGGAACUAAACAAAACGCUAACUACGCUAAAAACCGCAGGCGUUUUAUUAAAUCACGAAAAGUGUCUAUUUCGAGUUCCGGAAGUUACAUUUCUAGGCCAUAGGCUAUCUGCAAAGGGAAUGCAACCUACUGAUGACAAAAUCACGGCUCUAAAAACCUUCAGAGCUCCACGAACUUCCGAGGAAGUACGACUUAGGCUUGGUUACUUAUGUUGGCCGGUUUCUCCCAAAUUUAGCAACAACGACUGCUCCGCUGCGGGCGCUUAUAUGUUCGGGGGUAAAAUUUGUUUGGACUUCGGAACAUGAAGAAAGUUUCUGCAAACUGAAGGAAAUGGUCGCUGAUAUUAAAAUGUUGCACUUUUUCGACAAUACAUUACGAACAAGGGUAGUUGCUGAUGCCUCGCCGGUUGGUUUGGGCGCCGUCCUCUUACAAUUUGAAGACCACCGAUUAGAUUCCAGUCCCCACAUCAUCAGCUAUGCGAGUAAAAGCCUCAGCGAAACUGAGAAACGUUAUUGCCAGACCGAAAAAGAGGCUCUCGCACUGGUCUGGGCGGUUGAACGUUUUUCAGUUUACCUUCUCGGACGAACAUUUGAGCUAGAGACUGACCAUAAGCCAUUAGAAACCAUUUUCUCACCAAAUUCCCGACCAUGUGCCAGAAUCGAGCGGUGGUUGCUACGAUUGCAGUCUUUUUCAUUCAAGGUCAUUUAUCGUAAAGGUUGUAAUAACAUAGCAGAUUCACUAUCAAGGCUCUCACAGAACAAAAGUGCUGCAGACUUCGAUAGAGAUAGUCCAUUUUUAAUUCUGGCAAUUAAAGAGUCAGCGGCCAUCGAUACUGGUGAACUAGAUAAAGCGUCACGGGAUGAUCAAGAGUUAAAAGCGGUGAGAGAAUGUCUAAUCAACAACAAUUGGAAAAAUCCAUUAGCAAAACCUUAUGAGAUCUUCAAAACCGAAAUCGGUUUUACAGGAGACACAUUAAUUCGACGGAAUAAACUGAUUGUACCACGAGCUUUGCGAAAUAGAAUGCUAGAACUUGCUCACGAAGGCCACCCAGGAGAGAGCGUUAUGAAACGCAGAUUACGCGACCGUGUUUGGUGGCCCGGAAUGGAUCGGGAAAUAGAGAAGAAUGUAUCCUCAUGUGAAGGUUGUAGGUUGGUGUGUGUCCCGAAUAGACCUGAACCGAUGGAGAGAAGACCUCUUCCGAAUGGGCCUUGGAUCGAUAUCGCAUUGGACUUCAUGGGUCCACUGCCAAGUGGUGAAUAUUUGCUAGUUGUCAUUGACUACUACAGCCGCUACAAGGAGGUAGAAAUAAUGAAACACAUAACUGCUGAGGACACCAUAAACCGACUGCGAAAAAUUUUCACCAGAUUGGGAUACCCAGUGACAAUAACUCUGGAUAACGCAAAGCAAUUUCUGAGUAAUACUUUCGAGAAUUACUGUACGCAAAACAAAAUUCAUCUUAACUACUCAACCCCUUACUGGCCUCAAGAAAACGGACUCGUGGAACGACAAAACCGUUCCUUAUUAAAGCGACUGCAAAUAAGCCAUGCUUUGGGCCGAAACUGGAAACACGAUUUAGAAGACUAUUUGCUGAUGUAUUACACAACCCCGCAUUCCGUGACGAAAAAAACGCCAACAGAGUUAUGCUACGGACGAACAAUUCGAUCGAAAAUACCAUGCCUAACGGAUUUGGGAACCGGGAUAGCGGACGACGAAGUUCAAGAAAGAGAUAAAAGAUCAAAACUUAUUGGAAAGGAAAAAGAGGACAAGAGACGUGGAGCCAGAGUUUCAGAAAUUCAAGUCGGCGACACAGUUCUCAUGAAAAACUUACUUCCCGGAAAUAAGCUGACUAGCAACUUUGGUCCUAGUCCUUUUGUCGUGUCUAGAAAAAUUGGAUCACGUGUUGAAAUUAAAAACAAAUCUACUGGAAAAGUUUUUGAGAGAAACUCAAGCCACCUGAAACGAGUUGUUGAUUCUGAAGUCGUUUCGUCAAAUGAUUCAACACCAGAAGAUAGCCUUUCACGUUUUUCAAUCAUACCUCCAACCGUCGUAGCCAAUGAAGAAGAAGACACGGACAAUUCCCCUCAUUUCAGGAGCCGGAGAAAUGUGAAACCUCCUUCUAGGUUUCAAGACUACGUAGUCGGAGUUUUGGACAGCAAUCAAAGCGACUGAAGUUCUAAUCUAGAAAGAAAAGGAGAUGUGGACCACACGAUAUGCAGAGAGAACCUUGGUUAAAACGAGUUGCAGAGAGAGCAUUGAAGUCUUGCGUUGGCUAUCAUUUUGGAAGCUUUCUGUAUUUCUUUUACGCGAAUAAAUAAAGUGAAUUAACGAUAUAAAAAGUGUAAUUGUCACAGUGCGCAGAGGGUACCACAGUACUUCUUACUUAAUGAUCCCGCGCCGAUCCUCCGGUGCAUAGGGCCGUGGUAAAAGACCUCCACUGUUGACGAUCCGGAGCCAGCGUCUUCACCUGGUCCCAGUCAAGAUUCUCGUCGACAGUUCGGAUUUCAGCGGCUAGACUUCGCCGCCACGAAUUUCUGGGUCUGCCUCUUCUUCGAUGACCUUCUGGAUUCCAAUCUAGCGCCUCUCUGCAAAUCUCGUUUUCAUCUCUUCGCAGCGUGUGCCCAAUCCAUCUCCACUUACGUUCCCGAAUCUCGAUUUCUAGCGCCUUUUGAUGACACCGGCGAUGUAGUUCCUCAUUCGAGAUCCAGUUGCCAGGCCACCAAGCGCGGAUGAUAUUCCGCAGGCAGCGGUUUACAAAUACUUGCAGUUUUCGCGUCGUUACCGCAUAUGUGCACCAAGUUUCGCACCCGUACAGCAAUACGGAUUUGACGUUUGAGUUGAAGAUUCGGAUUUUUGUUCGUAGAGAGAUCUGGCGUGACCGCCAGAUGUUUCGGAGACUCGCAAACGCAAAUCGGGCCUUUCUGAUCCGUGUUUCGAUGUCUUUUCUGGUACCACCAUCAGGCGUAAUCUGGCUACCAAGAUACUGGAAGCACUCCACUUUCUCAACUUGUUGCCCAGCUACCAGGAAACAGGAGGGAUCUCCUGUGUUGAUCUCCAUCGACUUGGUCUUUCCGACAUUGACUUUGAGACCUGCUGCCUUGGAACUUUCGGUGAGGUCGUCGAGUUUGCUCUGCAUAUCUGGUUGUGUUUGGGCGAGCAAAACAAUAUCGUCAGCCAGGUCAAGGUCGUUCAGUUGCUCCAUUGUUGAAGGAUUCCACGGCAAUCCUCGGUUCGGUGCACAGUCAAUCGAUCCAAUCAGAAUCUCAUCCAUUACGAUUAGAAAAAGUAGCGGUGAUAGAAUACAUCCUUGUCUCACUCCAGCAGUUACCGGGAUUGGUUCGGACAAGACACCGUCGUGCAAGACCUUGCACGAAAAUGCCUCAUACUGUGCUUCGAUGAGAUGGACUAGUUUCUCUGGGACCCCUCGUCGCCUUAGAGCCGCCCAGAUGUUUUCAUGGUUAAGUCGGUCAAAUGCUUUUUCGAAAUCAACGAACACCAGCAGAAGAGAGUCCUGGAAUUCGUUGAUUUGUUCCAGUAUGAUUCGGAGCGUUGUGAUGUGGUCCACACAUGAUCGUCGAGAUCGGAAUCCAGCUUGUUGCCGUCGGAGUGUGGCGUCUAUUUUCUCCUGGAUCCUGUUCAGAAUCACUUUGCAGAGUACUUUGAGGGUUGUACAGAUCAACGUUAUGCCUCGCCAGUUACCGCACUCUGUCAGGUCUCCUUUCUUCGGGACCUUUACGAGGAUACCCUGCAUCCAGUCGGCCGGGAAUGUUGCAGUAUCCCAGAUGUCAGCGAAAAGACGGUGCAACAUUUGUGCUGAUAGGGCAGGGUCGGCUUUCAGCAUUUCAGCAGGGAUGCAAUCGAUCCCAGGUGCUUUGUUGGAUUUCAUGUUUUUGAUUGCCGCUUCUAUUUCAGCCAGCGAAGGCGCUUCCGAGUUGACGCCAUUUAUGCGACUUACUGUUGGCGCUUCGAGCUGCAGAUUCUGUUGGCCAUCGCUAUUCGUGACUCGGAAGAGUUGUUCGAAGUGCUCAGUCCAUCGUUUGAGCUGAUCUGUUCGAUCGGUCAAUAACUGACCUGCUCGGUCUUUUAGCGGCAUUCUUGCAUUAGUCCUUGCACCACUGAGGCGGCGAGAAAUGUCAUAAAGUAAUCGGAUAUCUCCAUUGGCGGCGGCUCUUUCUCCCUCUUCGGCUAGGGAGUUUGUCCAGGCUCUCUUGUCUCGUCUACAAGCUCGUUUAACUGCCUUUUCCAGCUCCGCAUAUCGUAAGCGGGCGGCUGCUUUGGCUGACCCGGUACAUGCCUGCUCAAUUCCGACUUUCGCCUUUCUCCGAUCAUCGACCAUCCUCCAAGUUUCAUCCGACAUCCAUUCACUCCUUCUUCCACAAACUUUACCGAGAGUACCAUGGCUCGUCGUGAUAAAGGCAUUCUUGAUUCCACACCACUGUUCUUCGACUGUUCCGUCUGUCGGCAGCUCCGAGGCUCGGGAUUCUAGCUGUUCAACGUAUGCCCUUUUCACCUCUGGAUUCUCCAACCGGCGGACGUCGUAACGACACCCGACUUUCUCCUCGCGCCGUUGGACACGUGCAACUCUCAGUCGUAUCUCGCCAAGGACGAGGUGAUGGUCAGAUGCAAUGUCUGCGCUUCGCUUGUUGCGGACAUCAAGAAGGCUCCUUCUCCAUUUUCGGCUGAUGCAGAUGUGGUCAAUUUGAUUUUCUGUUCGGCCAUCUCGGGAUACCCAAGUGACCUUAUGUGCUGGUCGAUGGGGGAAGAGCGAUCCACCGAUCACCAUGUUGUUGUUGCCACAAAAUUCUACAAACAGCUCUCCGUUUUCGCUCAUCUGUCCUAGGCCAUGGCGCCCCAUGAUGCGCUCAAGGUCCUGAUUGUCGGAGCCAAUCUUUGCGUUGAAGUCGCCCAAAUGGAUUUGAAUGUCACCCUUCGGAAUUCUCUCAACCACGCUGUUCAGUUGACUGUAAAACUGCU